AUGGCGGAGGCGGGCGCGGGGAGCCCGCACGGCGGGGACGCGGCGCCGCCGGGGCCGCCCGAGGAGCAGGAGCUGAGCCGGCGCCUCCGCCGCCUCUACCCCGCUGUCAACCAGGACGAGACGCCGCUGCCGCGCUCCUGGAGCCCCAAGGACAAGUACAACUACAUCGGCCUCUCGCAGGGCAACCUGCGCGUCCACUACAAAGGUCACGGUAAAAAUCACAAAGAUGCUGCCUCGGUCAGGGCCACUCACCCCAUCCCUGCAGCCUGUGGCAUUUAUUACUUUGAAGUGAAGAUCGUCAGUAAAGGUAGAGAUGGGUACAUGGGAAUAGGACUUUCUGCUCAAGGAGUCAACAUGAACAGGCUUCCUGGAUGGGAUAAACAUUCUUAUGGGUACCACGGUGACGAUGGGCACUCCUUCUGUUCCUCGGGGACGGGGCAGCCCUACGGCCCCACGUUCACCACCGGAGACGUGAUCGGCUGCUGUGUCAACCUUAUCAACAACACCUGCUUCUACACGAAGAAUGGCCACAGUUUAGGUAUAGCCUUUACAGACCUCCCUUCAAACCUCUACCCUACAGUGGGUCUCCAGACUCCAGGAGAGAUCGUGGAUGCCAACUUUGGGCAGCAGCCCUUUGUGUUUGACAUCGAGGACUACAUGAGGGAGUGGAGGGCGAAGAUCCAGAGCACCAUUAAGCGGUUUCCCAUAGGAGACAGGCUGGGAGAGUGGCAAGCCAUGCUGCAGAAUAUGGUUUCAUCAUAUUUGGUUCACCAUGGGUACUGUUCAACAGCAACUGCCUUCGCCAGAGUCACAGACACCACAAUCCAGGAAGAACAGACCUCAAUAAAGAAUAGACAAAGAAUACAGAAGUUAGUAUUAGCAGGCAGAGUGGGAGAGGCUAUAGAAGCCACCCAGCAGCUCUAUCCUGGCCUCCUAGAACAUAACCCCAACCUGCUCUUCAUGUUAAAGUGCCGGCAGUUUGUGGAGAUGGUGAACGGCACCGACAGCGAAGUGCGGUGUUUCGGUGCCCGCAGCCCCAGAUCCCAGGACAGCUACCCCGGCUCCCCCAGCUUAAGUCCUAGGCAUGGAUCAAGCAACUCACACGUUCACAGUACUGGAGCAGAUAGUCCAACCUGUAGCAAUGGAGUCAUGUCCACAAAAAGCAAACAGAGUCACAGUAAAUACCCAACACUGAGUUCAUCAUCUUCAUCUUCCUCCUCCUCUUCCCCUUCAUCUGUGAACUACUCUGAGUCCAAUUCUACAGAUUCUACCAAAUCUCAGCAGCACAGUAGUACGAGUAAUCAAGAAACCAGUGACAGCGAGAUGGAAAUGGAGGCUGAGCAUUACCCCAAUGGAGUCCUGGAAAAUUCAUCCACUAGGAUAAUGAAUGGCACCUACAAACACGAGGAGAUCCUGCAGACAGAUGAGUCCAGCAUGGAAGACAGCUGCCCCCAGAGGCAGCUCUGUGGAGGGAACCACGCUGCCACAGAGAGAAUGAUCCAGUUUGGGCGGGAGCUGCAGAUCCUGAGCGAGCAGCUUUGCAGAGAGUAUGGGAAGAACACCGUGCACAAAAAGAUGCUCCAGGACGCCUUUAGCUUGUUAGCUUACUCAGACCCUUGGAACUGCCCCGUCGGCCAACAGCUGGACCCGAUCCAGAGGGAACCUGUGUGUGCUGCUCUCAAUAGUGCUAUUUUGGAAUCUCAGAACCUGCCAAAGCAGCCCCCGCUGAUGCUCGCGCUGGGCCAGGCCUCGGAGUGUUUGCGGCUCAUGGCUCGCGUGGGCCUGGGCUCGUGCUCCUUCGCCAGAGUAGACGAUUAUUUGCACUGACACCGAGCGGGACGGAGCUGCCGUGGUGGAGCGCUGCCCUUCGCCCUCCGUUGCCGCCGCUCCGCGCCGCCGCCCCGUUGGAAAUCCCGACCUCCCCGCCGCCGCCGCCGCCGCCCGCGCGAGGAUCCCGUGAGUCCCUCGCCGUGCGGCCGCCGUGAGCCCGGGGAGAUGGGCGCACGUCUCCCCGCCAUCGCCGCGCCUCCGGCGGCGCUCGGUGUUUCCGCUGGUUAUUCUAAUGUAGCGCCUUCUGAUGUAGGGAUUUUUUUCUCUUUUCGUUUUGAUUUGAGUUGUUUCUCAUGGUUCCACCGAUGUUUUAGCCGGAGAGUUUUGCUGAGCUGGUUUAUGCUGAUUUACCGAGGAAGCUCAUCGAGAUGGUGACAGCUUGUUCUUUUCUUCCCUUCUCCCUCCAUCGUGCACACACAGCAUCAUCCAUGCUAGUAAUCCGAACUCUUCUCACAGUGGCAGUUCAGAGGGAAUUUUUUUUUUUUUUUUUUUUUUAAUUUGAAUCAUGUUUAUUAAAAAGGUCUCUUCCACCUCCACAAAGUCACUGAUGUAUUUAUUGCCCACAGACUCGGUCCCAGCCACACACACCGUACAACCCCUCAGGAGGCCGGGUGACGUAGGUCCUGUCACACGCUAGUGAUGAGAAUUGGAGGAGCCUGGUCCUUCAUGGUGCCUCUCUUUGGAGCCCAAGGCUCUCAAUCUUGGCUUUGUGAGUGGGAAGAGUGGAAGACUGACAUGGCCUGCGUUGGUGAUUGUGCUGUAGAGGCAUCUCACAGCCCCGAGAAAGAGUUAAAUCCAGCUCUCUGAACAGCUGGAGGGACAGGAGUGAUGAAUGUGAAGUCCUCUGCCACUGUAUGGGUCGAAGCAGGUCAUGUGAGUUGGCCAGAAACAUCCGUGGGUGAUGCCCUGGUGGGCUGACAAUUUUUAAUUAAAUAACAAAUCCCCCUUUUUCUCCAUGGGGGAGGGCUCGGCCAUUUACUCAGUGAUAACAGUAUUUCCUGCCCUCUGCCAUCCCUGUAACACAUCUAAAUGAGCACUUCUAAAUUUUGGAAGUGUCUGAAGAAACCUGGGCUGAGCUGUGCUGGUCCUUGCAGGUGGGACAAGCUGAGGUCAGGUUGCAGGUUGGGGUCAGUACCAGCUCUGUCAGGUCUGAGCCAUUCAGAAAGGAGCAGCAGUGUUUCUUUAGGGAUUAUUAAGAUAAAUAUGGAAGUUUCAGGCCCAAAAGAGACCAGCAGGGAUCUGUGGGUGUGUGUAACUUCUGAGUAAAAUGGACUAAUGUGUCCAUGCUGUGUGCCAGGCCCAGGGAUUUGAGUGCUACCAAGCAUUCAGAGCACCUGGGAGUGUUUCUGAGCGUGUUCUGUUACCUGGCCAGGCUGUGUGCUUUGCAUCCUCUGCUGUCCCAUUAGGAGAUGGCAGGUUCAGCCUGGCUGCACGGGAGGAGCUGGAAUUCUGCACCAAAUUAAUUUUAGGCCAGUAGCUCUGAGGAGGACCCAAGAGAGCUCAAACCAAACAUGAAUUUUACUGCUGUUCACGAUUUUUUUUUUUUAAGAAGGUCAGUGGAAGAUGAACAGGUUUUGUUGAGGUUUGUCCUUAAAAUGGAGGUUAGCCUGUGCCAGGGCUUCAAGCACCAGGAGAGUUUGUGUGCCACUGAGAAGGAAAGUAGCAGCAGCCUGAAGCUUUAAGGAUUUUCUGGGUUUGCAGGAUGGAUUUGCAGCUGGCACACGAGGUCUGAAAUGAAGGCAGUGCAGGGGGGCAUGUGCCAGGGCAGACUGUGGCAGUGAAUGUGCAGAUGGUGCCGGAGGUGUUUGGGAACAUUUUCCCUGCCUUUUGGUGAAGGUGUGCAGUGUGCAGGGGCAGUGCCAGAGCCAUGGUGGUCUAAGAAAACAGGAGGUUUCGAGCUGGAGGAGAUACUUUUCUCAGAUCACUGCUACCGCUGCGAGAAGCAGAGGGAGCUCUACCACAGCCUUUCUGCCAGGGAGACAGAGGCAGAGAGCUGCCCCAAGCAGAAUUGAACUUGCCAGUCUGGGGCUUCUCUUCCAGCUCUGGGGAACAGCUCCUGUGCCUGAGAGCUCAUCUCUUGAUUUUCAACUCUGCUGCUGGAUCUUAGCCCCGCCUGCCGUCCUUGCCUUGCUGCAAGUGCAGAGGUGACUCUGGGCAGGUUUCCUUCCCACAGCCUCUGGUCCCAGAUGUGCCAAGGCAGCAUGUGAACUCUGCCUGCUGGGAUUCUCCUGCAGGCUUUCCAUUCCUUACACUCAGGCUGACAGCACACUGCUGCGCUGAUUCUGGGUACCGAGGUUGAAAUACUCCAGGACCUUGCUUUGCCUUCCCCAUUUGGCAACUUCUGCUGUUGGUCAUCACUUGGCAGCAGUGUGGCUGCAGUCAGAUCUCCCUCAUCUUGGUAGCAACACCACCUUUAUCUCUUCCUGAGGUUUUUUUUUUUUUUCCUUCUCUUUGUGAUUUCUUUAAGCCAAAUCUCUUCAUCAUGUGUCAUACUGAUGCCCCAUUUGGUCUCUCAGCAAAGCUUUGCUGGCUGUCCUAGAGCGCCCUUUGUUUUUAUUUUGGUUUCUCUACCAAAAAAAAAAAAAAAAAAAACCAACCAAGAGAUGUUCCUAGGUUAUUAUCUGAUUAUGAUAUCUGGUUAUUUUGGAGCCAGGAAAUGUGUGAAGGUUGUUAUUUGGGUUUUUUAAUUGACUUUGAGUGUUCUGGUGGUUUCACCAGUGGUUUCUGCUCCUUGUACUCAGAUUCUGACUAAUGUGGCCAUGACUCAGUAUGGGGAAGAUAAGUGAGUCUGUGGUGUGUGGUGGGAUGUAGGCCCCAACCUGCCCCUGGUUCCUAGAUGGGAUUUCUGAUGUGGUUUUCUCAGGUGGUGUUUCAAAGCCUCUUGCCUUUGAAUCUCCUUGGCUGCUCUUUGAUGGUUCAUGUUAGCUGAAAAUUGGAUUAUUGCAGUAGUUUUAAAAAACAGAGCUAAAGCGAAAUGGGGUCUAUAACACUGAAUGUGGCUGUGCACCUAACUAGAGGCUACAUGGCUGUUCAAAAAAGUUACAUUUGUAAAAAUGGUUUGGGUUUUGUUAUUCCAAGUGCCUCAAGCAACCUGGUCACUGCUCCCAAGAGUCCUUCAGUAAAACCAUGUAAAUAACUGUGGAGCCUUUAGGAGAAACUGCUGGUUUCCCAUUUCUGGUCAAGGGGACGAGGGCUCAGCUACAGCCCUGUGUUGUAGAGCCCUGGCUAUAGGAUUUCCUUCAUGUGUGGUUGGCUCACAGGUUGCUCUCUGCUGGGCUGGCUUCAGAGGCUGGGAGGUUUUCCAGAGCUCAGCUGGUCCCUGCACAAGCAGCAUUCCUAAGCUCCAGGAGAGGCUCUCCAGCUGUGUGCCCUUCCCAGGACCUGGGAAAUGCCACUGCUGGGACAACUGAACCUUUUCCAGCUCUACUGUGGCUGCACACUCAGAGGAUCUCAGCUGUCCCCUGAUCAGUCCAGAGGCACCACCAGAGAGCUGUGAUCUAGAGAGCAGCAAACACACUCCAGCUCUUUGCUCUGGACACCCCACCCACCUUCCUGACCCCUGGCACUGCAGCAAAGGCCUUGCAGAAGGAAGACAUUUCACAGGGACCUGGUGGAACCUGAUUUCAGGCCUGCACGUCCUGGGCUUUAGGUGUGAGUCCACUGCCCUGCCUGUUAAGUGGCCUUUUGAGAGGAGCAUUUUGGGAACCCCAGACCUGGAGCCUUGGUUAAAGUGUCCUUCAGGGGUUCUGUGGAAAGAGCUUCAUGGAGCUGAAUUAGACCACCAGGCUUCUCUCCCCAUGGAGAAGGGUUCAUGCUGCCCCCACAAGCUGAGAGUGAGAGCAUCAAGAAUACAUUGAGAGAACUUUGGAGUGAGAUGCACUGGAGUAGCUGGGAUAAACGUUCCCUGGAGGAGUAUCCACCUCACACACCUGGUACUCCAGCCUGUGACCAUCCUAGUGGCUCUGCUGGGUGCAUUCCAGUGUGUGGAUAUCUCUCCUGUACCAGAAAUCUUGUUCUUCUUGAAACCAUCUUGUUCCAGAUGAUUCCUCUUGCUGCUCCAUGAGCCUAGCCUAGCAAGUAUUUAUCCAAAGCUAUUGCAAGACUUAGAGGGUUGAGAGAGCUCUCAGUCAGGCUCUCCUGUGAGCAAGGAGGGCAGCAGUCUAUUUCCUGUGCAUCCUUCAGUGUUCCCAGAGCCAGCUGGUUUUGGGAAAACUUCUUACUGCUACCAGCAAUCCUUUCUUGCUUCUCUGCCUCCCACAAUCCCAGGAUUCCCCCAGCUGCAUGAGCACAGUGGUAUCUGCAGUGCUGGCUGCUGUGGGAGCUGCUCCAAGACCAGGGCCAGCUCUGUGGCUCAUGUCUGUGCCAGGCAUAGAUGUGGAAUCUCCAGCUGCCCUCCCUGGCCUGUUCCUCCCUGCCGCUGUAAAGGGGCAGGUCCACGUGUGACAGUCCCUUUUGUCACCAUGCAGCAUCCCGUCAGCCUGCAGCUGGGCUGGCUGCAGCACUUCUGCCACUCCUUUGCAGUCUGUUUGGAGUUGAGCCCUUGUCUGUGGCCAGCAGAGCAGAGAGGGACUCCCAGUGAAGGCUGGGACACAGCAUCCAGCCCCUCAGGGGAGGCUGUGCAGUGUCUGCUCUCCCUCAGCCCCACUGAACCGAAGCUGGAGCUUGCCUUGGGAUGUGUGAAGUGUGUGUGGGGAAGGAUGGCUGCGACAGCCUGUUUCUGUUUCCAGCAUCCUGCUGCUCUUGCUGUGCUGCUGCCCGCUGGAUUUGGACACUGGGGGGUGCAGCUGUGGCUGGCAUGGAGAAUGGGCCCCUCUGGGGGCAUCAUUCCUCAUGGUCACCUACACCUGGGAUCUUCCCAUGUCCUUCUCUGUUUUCACAGUGACAUCUCAAUCUGUCCUCAAGCUGUGUCCUUGUUUUUCACAUUUUAUUAAGGCAUCUCUACCAUUCUUUAAAUAGCUUUGUUCUUGAGGCUGCCUUGAAAAACUGGAGCAACCAGAGCUGCUGGAAGUAGUCUUGGGGAUUGAUUGAGUCCAUCAUUUCCCACCUUGGGUAUCAGGGAUUAUGAACCAUCUCCUCCUUCAGCAAAGCGAACCAGGCUGGGCUGCAGCCCUGCUUUGGUACCUGUGUGUGUUAAUAUGUAGCACAUGUUGCUUGGACACACCUUCCAGAGUUCUGCUGUUGUGGGGUUGAUGGAGAAGGUGACCUGGGGCAGGCAGGCUGUAGAGCAGUGUGGAAAUGCCAUGAUGAUGAUGGAGAAGGUGACCUGGGGCAGGCAGGCUGUAGAGCAGUGUGGAAGUGCCAUGAAGAUGAUGGAGAAGGUGACCUGGGGCAGGCAGGCUGUAGAGCAGUGUGGAAGUGCCAUGAAGAUGUGUGGUGCACCACAUGGGAUGGGGAAGUUCUUCCCAUAAAGAAGCAGUGCAGGCUUGAACUGUCCUGUGGCAGCAGGUGGGGAGAGAGGUCCUGGGGGAAGUGAGGCCCCGUGGAGCUGGGCACAGCCUGGGAGAAGGAACAAGAGGCCCUGGAGUCCAGGACUCCAGCCAGGAGUGGUGGAUCAGGGAGACAGCAGGUCUCUUGUAGAGAGCAAGUGUUGGGUCUCCAGCUGUACCAAGGUGUUUCUGCAGAAGGACGUGGUGGGGACAUGCCAGAGGAUGUGCUGAGUGCUGCUGGGACCCCUCUGCCCCCGAGGGUUGAGUGAUGGAGGGAACUGCAAUCCAGCAGUUCUUGGUCAGGGCCAGAGCUGGCUGUGAGCCCUGUCCCAUCUGCUGUGCAGGGGCAGAGAGCUGGAGGAAGUGUUGCUGGGGCUGUGUGAGGGGAGCUACAGCAGAUUUGGGAAGAAAAGGGUGGAGCUGAGAGCCUGGAGGCCUCUUCUGUUAACAGCACUAGCUGCUCUCCACUACCCUUCCCUGUAACAAGAGCUGAGGUGGUGGAUGAGCGAACCUGGCAUGUCUGUCCCUCUCCCCACAUCCCAAACCAGAGCUCAGAGUCUGCAGCUUGAGCUGGAGCAAGCCAGGGCAUCAUCCAGGCUUGAGGAGCACACGUCCUGCCAGCUCUUAUGUCUGGGAGGGAAGCUUAACUCUCUCCUGCUUGCAGGAAACCCACAAAUCCUGUGUGGAAUUUACACUCAAGUCACCACAGAAACAUUCCUGGAGGCCAUGCAAACCUCUGCUCCUUGCUGACAGUCCCGUGGCCAGGCAGACACCAUUUCUCUGGUCACUCCACUUGCGUGCAGGUGCGUGCUUGGGCGUUUUUGCUCGGGAGGACUUCAGCUGCAUUCUUCCUCCAGAAGGGAGCACAGAGCAAUUUCUGUAUGCUGGGCUUCUCACAGUCUUAGACUUGGGGAAAGGAGAAGCAGCAGCAGCUCUGGGGAUAAUCCAGAUUUUAAAGAAAAAUUUGAAAACCACAAGUACGGUGACUUCCAGCCCACGGACUGCACCGGCGCUGGAUUGGGAUCUGAUCGUGUCUCAGUCCCGCCUGUGCAGGAGGCAGGAGGAGCCCGCGGCCCCUGAAGCUCUCACACAGCAGUGCAAGGCCCAGGACCUGCCCAGCAUUGCAGUGAACUCUUCUCUCCUGCCGGUUGCUCAAAACUCAGGUAUGAAAUGCUCAGCUGGAGCGUGGGGCGCGAGGUCUCCGCAGGUUUCCCGGCAGCCCUGGAGGAGCGGCCGCCGCUGGGCGCAGCUGCCUGUGCCACUCCAGGCUUCUCACUGCCUUUGGAAGGGAGUUUCACCUCUUUGGUACAACAUUGGCUACGUGGACGUUACACAGACUGUGCACAUUGGUUCAGCCUGCGCUUAGUAUUUGUGAAUUAAGUUAUCUGACGCUUCGCAUGAAAACUUCAAAAAAAAAAGGGGCUCGGGUGGGGGUGGAUUUUAACUGAGAAAAAGCCUAUGAAAAUAUACUGGAAAUAUGGUAAAGAAAUCGACAUUCUGCUGUAUAUUGACAGAAUUAUUUUUAUUAAAAUACACAUCCAUGUGC